AUGCGUUAUUCAGACAUUCACGCGAGCGAAGAAAAAAUCGCGGGAUCUCUUAGAAGGAAGAGAAAACGUAGUAAACGGACUGAAAGACGAAAGCUUGAAGCACGGCCUCGCACGGCAGAGACCUUUCAUGAUCACGAUCGAGUAGAUAUCAGAUCUUCUGUGAAACGCUACAGUGACAGAGAAGGUAGCAUUACUGAUAAAUCGCGAAGAAGAAAAAGGCGUGUUUCCCGAGAAGACGACGAGGUGCCCAUCACCGAGAUCUUGAAAAAGGCUCAAGAAAAUGCGCGCACAAAAUACGAAGAACCUGUGCCGCUUCCAGAAUUGACUACAGACACAAUUUAUAUUCAAGGCAGAAGCGGCUUUAGCGCCGUGAAAAUUGGCGGAUCGAGACGUGCUUUGGGAAAUGAUACGACACGUGCAAAAGGUGGAGGAGGCUGCGAUUCUGCAGAGACUCGAACCUAUACGCUCAUAAAGGUAGCAAUCACUGCGCAGAAAUUUUGGAAAUGCACAGGGCUUGUCUAUCAAGGUCUCUUGGGCGGUAUGGCAUUUCUGCAUUUCAUAAUGAUUCAUGUCUUUUUUAACACUUCGAUGGAAUUCAUAUCAAAUUACUCGAUUUUCUCCGAAAUAUAUGCGAAUAUAUUCUCAUUCUUAAUCGCUCUUUGCAUCAUCUCCAUCUUCGAUAAAUUCGAUUUAGCGCGGCUUGAUGUGGAUCACUUGCGCGAGAUUUACACAGAUCACGCGAAAACCGCGAUCGCCAUUCCGCUUUAUCUGGUAACGUUUGGACUUCAUCAAGCAUCGUCAAAGAUGGACGAUCAAUUAGCUCUAAUACAUUAUCAAAGCAACGAAACAUGGUCAAAUAAUACAACGCAGGAGGCUUUUCUGGAGGAGUUGAACGACUGGCAGAAGGUAAUGAUAUCGAAGGACCUUCUCGCGAUUUUCGCUUGGCUAUUCGUCGCUCUUGGAACGCGGGACAACAUGCUAUUGACGCAUCUAGAAUCGAUGGUGCAAUACGCGAGCAACGCGGAAUCCCCGAGAUAA